AUGUGGAUCUACGCAAGUAUUAUAACUUAUGUGCUGCUUUUGGCAAGAGAUGUAAGAGCUAUGAGCAAGAUUUUCGGUGAGCCGGAGCCGGUCAGGAUGAUAUCUGAGGGCUCAGACUGCCGUUGUAAGUGUGUGAUGCGGCCCUUGAGCAUUGAGGCUUGCUCCAGGCUCCGUGACGGAAGCUUGCGAGUGGAUGAUUUUUACACGGUGGAGACGGUCAGCUCAGGCUCCGACUGUAAAUGUUCCUGCACGGCUCCUCCCUCCUCACUCAACCCAUGUGAGAAUGAAUGGAGAACGGAAAAACUCAGGAAACAAGCUCCUGAACUACUUAAGCUCCAUUCCAUGGUAGAUCUGCUGGAAGGAACAUUGUACAGUAUGGAUCUGAUGAAAGUCCAUGCCUACAUGAACAAGGUGGUGACUCAGAUGAACACACUAGAAGAGACCAUAAAGACAAACCUUACCAGGGAGAAUGAGUUUGUGAGGGACAGCGUAGUAAAUCUGUCCAAUCAGUUGAAGCGCUACGAGAACUACUCUGACAUCAUGGUGAGCAUCAAGAAAGAGAUCUCCAGCCUGGGACUACAGCUGCUGCAGAAAGAUGCAGCCUCUGACAGUAAAGCACAGGGCACGGAGAGUAAAAAGUCCAAGGAGGUCAUAAAACCACCCAACAAGAAACCCGCAGCUGUCAAACCUCCACCCAAACAGCCAAAAGAGAAACCCGUCAAGCCCAAGAAAGAGGCUCCUGCCAAAGCAUCAAAACCUGCGAGGCCAGACCCUACCAGCAAAACCAAGCCCUUAGUGCACCAGGCGGGAGUCAUCAGGGGGAUCACAUACUACAAAGCAUCCAAGACAGACGACUCGGAGUCACAUUCAGCAGGGAGAGGAGAGAGAGAAAACUCUGCCAAAACCCACACUGGCCACCUAACCGAGGACAAAAGAGGCUCCGAGCUAGUUUUGGAAGAGUCUGAAAUAACAUCAACUAUACUGCCAAUAACAACCACUACGCUUGCCUCUGUGACAACAACAAGCACCACACUAGCAACCACCAGUGAAAUGCCCAUCAUGAAUUCAACCUUGUCCACAGCAGCACCAGAGAAACCAGUAGGCAGUGGAGGAAUUACACACUUGCACAAAGCGGGUAAAUCUUUAGACUGUGAGGGCACAUUGGCGUCAGUGGAGAUGCCAGAGAAGCAUCACAGCUAUGGACGGAAUGAAGGAGCCUGGAUGAAGGACCCAGUGGCCAAAGACAACAAGAUCUACGUUACAAACUAUUACUACGGCAAUAACCUGGUGGAGUUCCGCAACCUGGAGAAUUUCAAACAAGGUCGCUGGAGUAACCUCUACAAGCUUCCCUACAACUGGAUAGGAACCGGCCAUGUGGUCUACAAUGGUGCCUUCUAUUACAACAGAGCCUUCACCAAAAACAUCAUCAAAUAUGACUUGCGCAUGCGCUUCGUGGCAGCUUGGACUCAGCUUCACGACGCUGUCUAUGAGGACAACACACCCUGGAAAUGGCGAGGACAUUCAGACAUCGAUUUUGCCGUAGACGAGAGCGGUCUCUGGGUGAUCUACCCAGCGUUGGAUUACGACUAUUCGCAACACGAAGUCAUCGUCAUCAGCAAGCUGGACCCAAGCGACCUGUCCAUGAAGAAGGAGACGACAUGGAGGACUGGGCUGAAGCGCAACUCGUACGGAAACUGCUUCAUCGUGUGUGGAGUGCUGUACGCCGUUGACGUCUACAACCAGAAAGAGGGUGAGAUUUCGUAUGCCUACGAUACGCACACGAACACAGAGGCCGCUCCACGUUUGCCGUUCACUAACGAGUAUGCUUUUGCGACCCAAGUGGACUACAAUCCCAAAGAUAAGGUGCUGUAUGCCUGGGACAAUGGCCAUCAGAUGACCUACAAUAUUCACUUUGUUGGCCAGUGAAGUUCUGUCUAAAAUCUGAUUGCAUAGAGAAAUACACCAUUUAUGGGAGCACAUUGAUUUCUUUAUUGGUAUGGUGAUUUAGCAUGAAGUGUUAAACUAUGGAAGCAGAAAAUAAAUAUUACUCAGUUUGAGUUUACAUCACACAAAUUAAUUUUCUCACAAAACUGUGCACGUGCGUGUGGUCAGGCAUCUUUUAAAAAAAAGUCUAGAAUUCUAUGGAAAAAAGACAGAAUUGUAAGAUAUAAACUCAGAAUUCCAAGUAAAAGUCAAAGUUUGCUAGAAAGAAACAUGGAAUUCCAAGAAAGAAGUCAUAAGCACAAGAUGUAAACUCAAAAUUCUGAGUAAAGAAAGACAGUACUGCAAAAAAAAAAAAAAAAAAGAUUUGAAAGGUCGCAUUUAUCUUUUAUAUUUUUAUUGCAUGACAGAAAUACGCUUCCCUAAAAACGAGUCCACAUGAUUUGAGAAUAUAUUUUUACCCUCAGCAGUUUGAGGACUUUAAGGCAAUGCAUGUCUCAUUUUUAUGUAGCUCAUAAUCAGGCCCCAAUGUUUACCACAGUAAAAAAAAAAAUGGUACAGUUAAGGAUCAUGAACAAACAUAAAUUGUAUCCUGAAUGAUUUUGCACAGUGUUAUGUAGUAAUGUUUAUUCUUACAAAAUCUGCUAAAUAUUAGGCUCUCUCUUUAUCUACAUUUCAUUAUUUUAGCUAUUCAUUUUGUAAAGUAUUUCAUUCUCACUGUAAAUAAUUCCAAGAAUAAGUUGUUACAAUAUUCCUAUUAUAAAACUUAUUAAAAAUAUAGUAAAAAAUCCUCAGAUAUUUAAUAUUAUAGUCAUGGUUACUUAGGAUUACUCCUGGAUGAGUUACAAUGUUUUGUAUGUUGCAUUUAUGUGUAAAAUUUCAACAUUUGUGUAAAAAAAAUUCCAAUAAACUUACUCUUAAACCAUUUGCUGUAUAUGGAUUUGCUAAUGCCAAAUGCAGUGUUUUACAUUCUGUAAUUGACUGUGUGUAAUACAAUACAUUAAGCAACCAUAAAUGGUUAAGCAACAAUAAAUCAUUGUCACCUGACACAACUCCCCUGG